AUACGAAAACCCCGUUAUUAAGUAAAAAUAUCAAAACAAACAACACUUCCUACGGCUUGUGUCAAAUACCCAUUGUUGAUUGCCUCAAGAUCCUGUUGACAACAAACUCGACUUAGUGUAGGGGAAAAGGUUGUCGCAAUGACGCCAUCUUUCAAGUAAAAUCGUCUAACAGGAAUAUGAUCUCAAGAUAGGCGAACUCUGGUAGCAGCAAGCGGUCUUUCCAGUUGGAUGGUGUGUAUCAGUUCUGAUAACUGGAAAUUGGCACAUUAUGGCGCUGCACUAGACAAGUCCCAUAAAACCUGAUCGCUGAUAAUCGAGACCGCCGAUAACCGGGGACUGCCUGUAAUAGUUAGAUAAACUUCGUAUCAGGAAUGGCAUCAGAUUCAGUUGCUUGGUUUGAGUUCUUGCUCAACCCAACAUUAUUAGAAUCGCAUUUAAACCAAGAAAACCCAGAACCUUCUGCCAUAGGACUUAUUAUUCAGUUCAUAUACAACUCAGUGAAGAGGACAGACAGUAGUAACAAUGAAGUUGAAACGGUUGACACAAAUUCUCAGGAAACAAGUACGAAAAAGGAGGCUUUAUCCAUUCUGGCCCUCAAAGCAGCAGCUCAUCUUAACUGGGAUUUAGACACAUUUGAACAAAAAUUACCUCAACACAUGCAAGAUUCAUUGUUGGUUGCAUUGCUUCAUAAGACGCUUGGCGAAUUAAGUAACCCAGUAUCACAUGUGAAUUUAGAUACUGGGCCCUUAUUGCCAUCUCAGCUUUUUAGUGUUGCUCUAUAUCACCGCUAUGCAUUAAGAGCAAUUGUCAGAGCAAAGCUCCCUCAAAAGCCCAUCAAAGUUUCUAGCGUUCCCAUCCCUGGUCAACAAGACCCUACACAAGAAUCACGGGAAGUACAAGACAGUAUAUUGAAUGUUCUGGAGAGAGGGGCAGAAGUUUCUGUGAGGAUUCUAGAGCAGUUAUUGGGUGCUGGAGAGGUUCGUGCACCAGUUAUGGCCACGUUUAAUGUUUAUUCACAUCAGAAUGCUGUUGUAACUCAUGCAUGGCAACGAUGUAUAUCUGUUGCUGAUGAACAGUUUAAAUGUCAGAUUCACUAUGAUCUUGGAACAUUCCAUUUUUUACAAGAGAAGCAUGAGGAUGCCUAUUCCCAUUUCUCUGAAGCCUUGAAGUUAAUGGCAGAGGUAGGGCCUCACCCUGAUUACUGCCAUGUUAAUGAAGCUAAGUUGAAAGGCUAUUACAACAGCUGUGCAGCAUUGUGUGGUCGAUCAACACCAGUUGAGCAGAGAUCAUUAUAUGAUAGGUUUAUGUAUGCCAUGUCAAAUAAUUUUCAGGGUUUAAUUGAAGUACUCUCGGAGGAUAACUUGGUAUUCAAAUUACCAUCAUAUUUAAGGAGAAAUUUGGAACUGGACCUUCAGAGCACACCUGAUAAGUUACCUCGUGGUCUUCUUCAAGAGGUACAAUCAUUAAAUGCCCUUCGAUGUGUUUUAGAAGGGGAAUUGUGGCAGAGCACCUACCCCAUUUCUUUAACUGAGUCGGGUAAACCAGCGAUACAACUCCUAGUCCAGACUAUUGGGAGUAUGAUGUCUCAGCUGAACAAUGAACAGAAAGAAAGAAUUCGCAUGUUCCUUAUGACGCUGUGUCUUAAAGGGAAGAUUCCUGAUUCACUUGUUCCUGCUAUUGCGACACAUCCUUCUGUGAGGGUACUGUUUACCAAGGCUGAGUUAUUAGAUAUGUGGCCAAACUAUGAAGAUGCUAGAAGUUCAACCUCUAAAAUGUCUUUGGAUGAGCCAGUGACAGUGGAUGCAGAUGAUAUAAAUGACAUCAUAUGGGACCUCAUUCACUCAUAUAAGCCAGAGGUUUUGAAAGAUGCAGUGAUGCAUUAUAAAAAUGCAUCACCUCCAAGGCCUGACAUGCCAAAGCAGGAAAUUCCAGAAUUAAAUGUCAAGUGGGAUGUACCAAUUCCCAUCAAUAACACACUGAUGAAACUACCACCGUGCCCUCAAAGAGAUUUGGUUUAUGUUUAUAUUGCAAAAGCUGUGGAACUUCUACAAGCCAAGAGCUUUGGCAGUGCUCUAGAGUUACUAGAGGAAGCCAGCAAACAUGGAAGUCAGCUACAAGGGAGGGAAAUGCCAAGGUUAUGCAAAAUGCUUAUGUGGAUGGUUCUCAUGACUAAAAUUCAGCAUUGCCUGCAUCAGUUACCUUGCGUCGAAAGUUCUGUAAUGGAAGAGCUUACCAAUGAAGCAAGGCAGUGUUUAAGUGCCCAUAAUAAUCGGGAUGGUAUUGUACCCUGGACAAGUAUUACCAAAUGGUGUGUGAUGUUAUUGCUGAAUGCUGGAGAAUGGAAUACUUUGUUGAGUGGAACAUCACUACCCAGUCAUCUUCCUCUCCUGUCCUUAGUUAAGCCAUUAGCAACCACUGCUUAUGCUUUGAGAGAAAAACAUACCAACAAAAGUGUGUGGUUUGCACUUUGGGAUGUGGUGGUUGAGAUAUUGAGCACGAGUUUACAGCACAAACGUUCCAGUUGUGGGCAGACUACUGCAGUGGAGCGACAACAUGAUUCGGGUAUCAUGAACAGAAGCUCAUUUUUAGAUUUCCUUGGGAAUUUGGUCGAGCCAAGUUGUCUCUCCAUCCUCAUAUCUUUGCUUGGACAUGUCCUGAAUAUCCUUAAUGAAGAACCAGUACAUGAAAUACAUAUUGAUCAUUUGCCCAUGUGGCCACCACCUGCUUAUUCAAUUUCAGCCUCAAAGGAUUGUGUAAAGGACACUUUGACUUGGCUCAUUAAUCAUGCACUAAAGCUCUAUCCUACUGGAACAUAUACAAAUCCUUCUUUAUGCACCUCAUGGCAUCUGUCAGCAGCAGAUCUUGCAUAUAUAAAUGACCAGUAUCAUAAUGCUUUAGCCAGCUAUUUAACUGCUGUGUUUGUUGCCACUGAUUAUUUACGCAACGAUAAUGGUGUUGAUUCGUCAGUAUUGACAGAAAGAAUUAUUAGAAGAAUGAUUCGAUGCUGCAUGAACUUGAAUUGCUAUACGCAGGCUGCCAUACUUUGUCAAUUUUUGGAUAAGAUAGACUACAGCACUGCUUUAAGAUGUCUCCAGGAAAGGAAUUCUGUUGAUGCAAUGGAUGCAUAUUAUUGCUGCCUUUGGGAUGUCACACUUAUAGAAUUUAUCAUCAAUAUGCAUCAAAAGAGAGGAGAAAUACAAAGAAGAGAUAAAGCGUUGAAAGUGAUGAGUCUCCUUGAAGUAAAUUCCAACAACAAUGAUGAAAUCCAAAGAGAAGCAGCAAAAGUACGAAAACACAGAUUUCUUCGCUCCCUCGCUAAGCAGUACUUGUAACACAUCUAGAUUUGAUUUUUGAUUGUAGUAUGUUACAUUUUGUAUGUUUUUAAAUAAACAUCAUAGAUGUGUUUCAAUGAGUAUUUUGAUAUUGUUUCCAUUAUAAUGAAUGUCAAAGUACCAAAUUAAAGAUGACAUGAUUGUUGAU